UCCCACUCAGAGUAACAGAUUGACGGAGCGGUGGAGGGAGACUCUGACUCGACAGACGAGCAGGUUGUCAGCGACAGAGUUUGCAAUAAAAGAGGAGAACAAGAUCCCCCCCCCCCCCCCCCCCCCCCCGAGGGGCUUUUGAAUCAGAGGCAGAGGAGCGCAGACGAGGCAUUUGGAGAGGACGAGCGAAUCGCGAUGGAGACGCGCGGCGUGCGCGGAUAGGGAGCAGCGCGUCCGGAGCGUGGAAUACACAGUGAGCGACCCUCCACCGCCUGCGAGCGCGUUCCAGUCGGAGGGAUUGUCCCAGAGAGAGAGAGGAUCAUGAACGUGCCUCCCCCGGACCGCAGGAAAAACAUGCGACAGCUGGCUCUGGAGAUCGGCGUCCGAGUUCUGCUUUUCGGAGUUUUUGUAUUUACAGAGUUUCUGGAGCCGUUCGAGAGAGUGAUCCAACCAGAGGAGCUCUGGCUCUACAAGAAUCCUCUAGUCGAGUCAGACCACAUUCCCAAGAGGGUGAUGAUUGCAAUUUCAUUUCUUACCCCACUGGCGGUGAUAUUUGUGGUGAAGAUAAUUCAGAGGACGGACAAGACAGAAAUCAAAGAGGCAUGUUUAGCUGUGUCUCUGGCCCUCGCCCUGAAUGGAGUCUUCACAAACACCAUCAAGUUGAUUGUCGGCAGACCCAGGCCCGAUUACUUCCAGCGCUGUUUCCCGGAUGGACAAGUGAGCGCGAAGAUGCUGUGCACCGGGGAGCCAGAUCUGGUCUCAGAGGGACGCAAGAGCUUCCCCAGCAGUCACUCCUCCUUUGCAUUCUCUGGUCUCGGCUUCACCUCCUUCUAUCUGGCGGGGAAGCUGCAGUGUUUCACGGAGCAGGGUCGAGGGCGUAGCUGGCGUCUGUGCGCCAUGGUGCUGCCUCUCUACAGCGCUAUGAUGAUUGCUCUCUCCCGGACUUGUGACUACAAACACCACUGGCAAGACGCCGUCGUUGGAGGAGUGAUCGGGUUGCUGUUUGCGUACAUCUGCUACCGCCAGCACUACCCACCCUUUCUGCACAUGGACUGCCACCUGGCUUACGCCAGUCUGGCCGCCGCCCCCCACGCACCCUCGCAUCCCCAAGACGACCUGCAGCCCACUGACAAUGCCACCACCCUUCCCCUGGAGGGCUUGACUGAAGGGCCAGUAUGACUAGUGGCCACCACCGAGACUCCACCCAACACCCUCACCAAGCCGCCAAGCCCACCUCCUCAUGCCCAGUGACUGACUGGCACUUGUAUACAUUCCAAUGGACAUUGACACACCUCGCCCAUUCUCCUACUGUUACACCCAGUCUCGGUGACAACUACAUUCUCUUGUGUUCAUUCUUUUAUAUCUGGUUCUUGCUCAGCAGCCAUGAAAGUCUAUAUUUAGAUGUGAUGUGUGAGAGGAGCCUACGAAUAUGGGACAUCACCACCGAGAGGGGAGUGAGAAAAACAUGUUGAAAACUUGAGGAAAUGAGUUGUCUUGUUAAUGGCUGUGAAGGAAGAUGAGAAUAUAGCCAGUUAUUGCUGGAAUUCUUUGUUUAAUUAGAGACGUAGCCGACAGCUUGUUUCAUGCGGGGGUUUAUUUAAUGUGUCGCUGUUUAAGGACCGGCAGGGCAAGUUGGGGCGAACCUGAGAAAUCCCAUUACAAUGUCACAGCAAUCAAAGCAUGAAAUCAAACCGUAAUUAAGGUAAUUCAAAAUUGUAUGUUAGGUGCCACAGUAAGAAACACAUUUUGGAAUCGGAGAGCAACUAUUGACAUUGUGUGUGUUUUAGUAAGAUAUGCAGAAGCUGCAUUUUCAGAGGGAACCAAUGUGUCAGUUUUAAAUAUAAGGAAUUGGAGAAGUAUGUUCGUACUUUUCUGUUUUAAAUAAUUUGUGGUUGUCCAUAAUAAUAUAAUGACAAACAUUGGACCUAUACACUGUCGGAGAAAAGCACUGGUCUGUGUCAAGGGCAAUUUUCAAUGUUGCCCAACCCUUCUGAAACAACUCCUUUACCGUACCCCGUUUUAAAAAAAAUUCUAUUUAGCCUUCCAGUGCAAUUCUGGAUACCACCCAUUCCUCGUGCCUCUUCCUCACCUUCUCACUAUCCAACUUUAUUCGUCUCAAGCCCUGCAUUCAAUGUUCCCCGGGGUUGCACGGGGGCGCCGACCCAAAUUUUAUGCUCGAUGAGUGCAAUCAAUAACAGACGGGAAUAACAGGUGGGAAUGGCCUGGCGGAAGUGUGUCUGGACAGGCACAAACUCCAGUCCUGCAUUAAUCCUCAUUAAGGGAGGUCAGCCACCGCAGCUUAUGAGGACAUUAGGACCAUAUGAGGUGUCCCAAGGACUGCCCGGGCAUUGCUAAUGGCCCUCAGCCCACUGUAGCCCCAUAAAUAGACAAUCUAGGAUUCAGCAGACGACAGGCCAGAACCCUGGACAGCCUGAAUUUUGCCAGCCUUAAUUUAGGGAGACUCCAUUGAAACGAAGCAGACACCAAAGAUUUGUAGCUCUUUGUCUGCUUGGGUUGUAUGCACGCUCUUAUGUUUUAUUAUCGGUGAUGAUGACGCAUUCCUGGUUCCCUAUCCUCGGAGAAGCAAUUUCGUAGCCUCUUAAAACAUUUGUUUGAAAUUGUGGAUAAUUUCGUUGCCUUGGUUACCAUGUCUGUUUUGCCAUUGCUGUGACAUCAAUGGGAAGGCGCAACCUCAGCUUAACUCUCACCCAAACAAGCUGCACAGGGCGGCAAAGAUUAUAUAUUUGCACUUAAAAGCGAAGAGGGGAAAACAGAACAACAUCAGAAGAGCAUGAUAUGAAACGAGCACCAAGCCGAAUGUAGAAGGCUAUUUUGUAAUUUUAUUAUCUUGUCAGGAUGUAAGUCUAGUCCCUUUACAUUUGUCUGCUCCUCCUCUGUCGAAACCUUUUUUUGUAAAAAAGCGUCAGUUGCAACAUCUGUACCGUCAGCCUGCUGUUAUGCAACAAAACCCUCUCUGCGGUCAAAAUAGUCAUUAGUUAUUAAAAUCAGCCACAAUUAAGCCUUUGCCAUUGAUGCAACCAUUGGUAGAGUCUUACAACUGUGUGUGUGUGUGUGUGUGUGUGUGUGUGUGUGUGUGUGUGUACACCAAUGCAAUACAAAAUGAAACUUUACAAAGUGAACAUUUCACUUGAGGGAGCAGGUGCUCGACUCUGCACAUCAGACUCUGUGACAGGACUUAAAGAGACUCAGAGGUGACUGGAGAGAAACUUGUAAACUGACUUUGAGAACAGACUUGGGUAUGAGUGACAGAUAUUUUUACAUUUUGAGGCAGAGUUGGGGGAUAAAAUGACUGAGAUGCAUCAUGUUCUAUAGACCUGCAUUCGCCUGACUUGGCAGCCUGAUGUUCGUACCUUGUCAUUUAGUUAUCUCCUAUUAGAUGUUACAGUGUAUAUUGACAAAAAAUGGUGUCUGUAAGAGUAUUUUGGCUUUGGUGCUAUUGAUACUUUUGUAGCAGUAGGCGUUACUUUUUUUCAAAUGGUGGAAGUGUCCGUUUGAAAUAAAAGUCAAUAAUUUUCUACAGAAGAAAAAAAAUCGAAUACAUUUUUCUGUUUUUGUUUUGUUUUUUCAAAUCAUAUGCUCAAAAGAAGCCUGUACUUGUGAGAUAUUUUCAGUCAUUUCACCAAUCCCAGGGACCGAUGGGAUAGAAGUGUUUAAAAGAUAUUAGAGAAUGCUGAAAUUAUUAUCAGUUACAAUGAACAGAUGUCUGAAGAAAAAAAACAGAGUGUAAGACUUAUGAAUCGUUGUUCAUGGCAUGCCAGUUCCAUUUGUGAGAAAUGAGUGUUGAAUAAGCAUGUCCUGCCUUGAGAACUCUUUGAGCUGUGUGUUGCUCUUUGUAUACUUUAUGUACAAUAAAAGACUGCCGCUGUGUGAAAUGUG